AUGAGUAGUGAUUUUGAUCUCGUUGUGACGGAUGAGACAAUCAGAGCAGCGACUAUUAUUCAGAAAGUCACACGAGGUUAUCUUGUAAGAUACAUUUCAUACAAAAAUGAAUCCGAAAACAAAUCAGCACUCAUAAUUCAACGUGCAUUUCGUGCAUAUCGCAAGAGACAGAUCGUUUUACACUGCAAAGAGAUAUUAGCACUCCACAAAAUUAACAAAUACGUAUCACAUUAUAUCAAAAUCAUGCGUACUCGUAAACAAUAUCAAAAACUUGUCCAAAUGGACGGAAUUUUAAAAUAUUUUCCAUCAACAUCACGCCCAUACGAAAAACCAAAGAAAACAAAGAAGCGAGGUAAGAAAAAGAAAGAGGAAACAUCACGUGUUCGAAGAGAACCAAUGGACUUAUCAAAAUUAUCAAAACCAAUGGUUCCAAGAGCACGUGCUCCUAAAGGAAUGAAACGAAAGAUACUUGUCCAGCUUCCUCCUCCAUGGAAAAAUAAAGAUUCACGACGUUUAUCAGAAUCUCAACGUGAAGACUACAUGUAUAGUCAAAAGGCUAAUGUCUCCUGGGCUAGAAAGGAGCUAUUACAGACAUUACUGUAUCGUGCAGGCCUUAAAAUGGACGAUAGAGAUCAAUUACUCGAUAGAAACCAAAAAUUUCAAACAAGACAAGUUCCAAAAUCAUUUUACAUUACAAUACCACGCACAGCGAAAGGUAUUGGUGCAAAAAUUCCAUUACAUCUUACACAAAUUUCAAAUUUCUCGGAAUACGUCAUAGCCACAGGCAAAUCGAUCAUUACUCUUGAUACUACUAUGCCAUCGGAAGACUUAAUUGUCUCAAAAGUGCCAAUUUCAGGUCCAUUUUUUGAUGUUUUUGUUCAUCCACAAAGUUCCAUUGUUUUAGCGAUCACUUCUAAAUGGGAACUCUUAGGAAUCGAAAACAGUCAAGUCAAAAAUACUUUAAAACUUCCUGUUCGCACUCAAAUUCCACAUUUCAGAAAUUAUAUCACUUGUGACAAUCUUGGUUUUGUUUGGAUCUGUUUAUUUUCACAGAAAGGACCAACAUAUUGUAUAGACCCUUUGACUUUCCAGAUUAAUUACGAAAUUUCCUUAGAUUUCGCAACAAUUGUUUAUCCACAGCUAAAAACAACAAGAAUGUUCUUACCACUAUGCUACAACAACGAGAUUGUUGGUUUCGCAGUUGCUUUUAACGGAACAAAGGACAUAAAUGUCUUUUCUCCUGAUUUAAGUGUUUGCAAAGUUUUAAAACACAACAAUUUCAAAUCAUUACCUGUUAUUUCACAAGCAGGUAACUUCCUUUCAGUCCACAGUGGCAAGGAAAUGUAUAUCUAUAACUAUAAUGAUUUAAGAACAUUGACAAAACCAAAUUAUAUUUUUAAUUCACCUGUUGACAUCGAAUUAGUCACCGGAACAACAGAACCAGACUUAAUAUUCAUUACAAGAACAGAUGGAACGGUCAAAGUCCUUCUUUCAAAGGCUAUGGACAUUCCAUUGAGAAUUCCAACAAAUAAAUUAGAAUCAUUUGAAAAGGAAUUUGCUGAUAAGUUACUUGGACCAGUUAAUUACACGAAAAGUCGUGGAAUGCUGUCGGAAGUUGCUUCUUUGUCGUUAGUUUCAAGUCCGACUCAAAUAUGUGCAACUGUUUUCUCCGAAAAACUCGUUUUUCUUACUACAUGUUCAAUGACAGGACAUUCUAACUCAUUCUGGAUAGGUAUUUCCCAAAUCCAAAUCUCAGCACAAGAUUAUGAUACUUAUUUAGAGUCAGAUGAGUUGAAACAGAAGAUGCACAUGGAAGUCGUUGCAGAAAUAGACUCAGUUCUUCAAAGAAAAGCUGAAUUAAGAAAUGUUUUCAAGAAGAGAUUGGCUGGAUUUAACAGUUUUGCAGAUAGAGCAUCAAUUGGACAGACAAUGAAGUUGUUUAAUAAGAAAGACAACGUUUUCUCAUUGCCUGAUUUGAUUCUUCAGACUUCUCUCAAAGAAUUGUUUUCAUUUAUACCUCAAACUCCUCCGAAAUGCGUUUCUAUCUAUGAAGCAUUCAUUCUUUUGAAGAGAUCUGAUGUUUUACCUCAAACUUUAUCCAAUUUUUCUGAUUUUCUUGAGAGAUUUUCACCAAUUGACAUGAAAAAACCGAUAAUUGUUGCAGAUAAGUCAACAUCUCUCAAAAUACCCGUGAAAACAACCUCGCAAUGGAACUUUUCCAUCAAUAUUCCAUUGAAUACGAAAGAGAUUGAGAAAAUCAUUGAAUCACAAGACGCUUUAAGUUCAUUAUUCACUGAUUUAACGAGAUUCACUUUAUCAGAAGUCGACAACAGAUUCACUGGUGAACUAUCAACCCGUCAAUCAUGGUUAAUCAAGAUGGAACACGAAGAUUUACAAAAAAGAUUGGAGCACAUGUCACAUUUAGAAGCCACAGUUAAAAACGAGAUGAUGAACAGAAUUUAUGAGAAGAUUCAUCAAGAAUUCGAACAAGUUUUGAUUACGAAACAGCCAACAAUACAAUCAUUUAAGAUUCAUGAACAAAAUUCAUUGGAUAUUCCUGGUCCUUUUUCACAAAAACCAAAUAGAAAUCCUUUGUUGUAUCAUUCAAUGCAUAAAUCAAUUUACGAAUCAUUUUCGAAACAGACAUUAUAUAAAAUUGAUAGAGCAAUGAAUAUGUGUUUCAAGAACUUGUAUUUGCCAAGAUCUUUCUUAGAUAAUCCUAUUGUUUCUACUCAUCAAAAAUUUGUCACUUCACUUUCACAAAGUUGUCCAAAAGUAACAUCAGCAAUUUACUCGUGUUCAUUGAAAGACAACAAUACAUAUUCAAUGAUCAUAAGUGAAGACACUCGUACAUUAAGUUUAGAGCAUUAUCUUACUAUUCAUUCAUUUAUGGGUGGAGAUUCUCGAUUGAUUUCAGGCGCGAAACAAAUUUUGUCAAAAUUAUUAGUUUGUUUGAGUUCUAUCCAUGAAUUAAAUAUCAUUGUUAGAACUGUUGUUCCCAGUAAUAUUAUGUUGAAUCCGAGUUUAGGAUCUGUUAGUUUUGGAUCUCUCUACGACAGCCAAUUAAAUGAAGGCAGUUCAAGAGCAAUUUAUUUGCCUUUACCAGCGAAAUUUGCGAGUCAUGACAAUCCAUUUUUACCUCCUGAGUAUUAUCAUACUCCUCCAAGGUUGUGGACAAAAGCUUUUGAUGUUUGGCAGUUCGGAAUAUUGAUGUUGUACAUGUUAACAGGAGAAAUGCCUCCUGCUUAUGGUUCAGAGUUGUUGAAAUGCUCAGCAAUCUCCAAACACAAAGUUUUCAUUGAAGACACAAAUCCUUUGGAUGAUCCUCCUAUUUACGAACGCGCUCCUUUCUUUUACAACUGGUUGCAGAACUUCAAGAUUGUAAAAGAAGGUGAGAAAUGUGUUGGCGAAAAAGGAGAAUGCCACAUCCAAACGAAUAAUCCUGAAGAAACAGAAUCAACAAUAUUAAAUUUGGAUUCUUAUAGAUUGUUACCAUUCAAAAACACGAAAGCAAAAACAGAUGAAGCGAGAGUUUUGAUAUCAAUUAUUGCAAGUUGUUUGCAAAUUGAUCCAACAAAGAGACCAACUGUUGACAAACUUCUUAAAACAUUCUCUUUGUCACCAGGAAAUCAAUCAACAUCUGAUGUAUUAGAUACAUAUCUGAGAACUCCAAAUCCAAACAUUUUUAUUUCUCAGUUUUUCAGUCCAGUUUUGAACACAAUUUCAGAGAAAACAUUUCCAUUUACAAUUGGAAUUAUUUCAGCAUUGGUUUUCAAAGACCAAAUCACAGAUGAUGACUAUCAAUACUCAUUCCCACUCGAUGCACAUGCAACUGAAGAAGUUUUGAAAGCAUUGUUCAAAUACGAUUUCAUGGACAAAUUCGUUCAAUUCGUUGUUAAAAGGGCAUUAAAACGAAUUGAAGUUCAAGAUAUCAAUCCAAUUGUUAAAUACAAUGAUGAAGUUUUUGAAAGUUUGUAUCAUUUCUUUGAAAGAUUUGUUAAUUUGGCUGAUCACGGUCAUGGCAUCUUAGCUAAUUUCAUUGAUGAAAUCGCUAUGAGUUUGUUUGGAUUGUACACAGGAAAUGCGUUUUUGAGACAUUCAUCUGACAAAAUUUGUGAAUUUUUCUCACAAGAAAUGUGUGGAAAUGAUUCUGCAGCUUACUUCGUUUUCACACACACAAAGAUGGGAAGAACAGUUCGAAGAUUACUUGAUUCAUUAGGAAGAUCACUCAAAAGAACAAUUGAUCACACAGAUCAAUAUUUCCAUCGAUUUGUUGAAUUUUCACAGAAAAUCAAUGAAAUAUCAAGAGCAAUUUGUUUCAAUAUCGAGAAACAGAAAGUAUCAGCAGUAAGAACAGCAAUACAGAUGCUUGGAACAGGAAAUGAUGCACAUAUUGUUCGAUUGAUCAUUGAU